AUGUUGGUGUUCUUGGUCUUGCUAGCACCAGGCUUGUUGGCGUUUCAAGCGAAGAAUCAAGUGGACAGCAGUCUUGCCCAUGUAAUCCGACGGUAUUUGUAAGUUUUUUCUGGCCGACAACAGUUCGGGUCAGCAUAAACCCGAUCGAUACCAGGCGGAGAGAGGUUGUAGGAGGUGCCUACGAGGCCUGCUAAAGCCCUUGGAUGGGCGGCGGAUGCUCGGCGUAGGCUCGGCGGAGACUUGGAGAAGGCUUACAUGCGUCCACUUUUUCUAAUUGUAACUAUUACUAUAUAACGUUUGUUUUCUCUACCCCGAGUUGUUGUAAAAUAUAAAAGAUCAAAAUUUGCGGCAAAAAACGAAGAUCCGUUAACUUUAUCCAGAUAUUAUUGAUGUCAGUACAUGUCAAAUACCUCAAAAUUGGUGAUAAACUGUCCUAGUACGUGGCCAAUCUUACAUAUUAUUUCUGUUAACUGGCCUCCUCCUAGCCUCCCUGUGGCAAGGAGAAAGCUCAGUUAAAAAUUCCCGAACACCUUUGCUCGUUUUAAGUGCUCCCGAGCACCGCGAAGAUGUGAUUCGUCUCUUCGAAUGCUUGGCCAACACUCCCGUCAACAUAACACUGCGCAAUGUGAUGGACACGCUUCCACAGCCCAAACCGAAGACCAUUUCCUUCAUCUACUUGAUUUCCGACGCAAGAUUAAGAGCCGAAAAAUAUGCGGAAGCCAGGGAAUGCUUCGACAAGUCGGAGAACAAAUUCAUUAUUGCCCUAGGGCAGUUGACGAUCGAGAUGGUUAACGUGGGCCACAAAGAGGACUUUGUUCGAGCAAUGAUUGAAAAUCUUCUUGAACAAGUUAAAGAUCAUUGCAAUAGAACGUAAGAUCUUUACGUCGGUCUGUCGGGAAAAUGAUGAUUGCGGAUGUGCUACGGUUAUUUAUACCGUAGUGUGUAAUGUCUCCACCAAAAAUCAAGAUUUUGCGGCGCCGCGAUUUUUGACACGACAUUAUUUUCCCGACGGACUGAUAGUUUAAUUAUAACCACAAAGGUUUGACUCUAUUGUUUAGCAUUCAGAACACAUGUAAAGAAGAUUUCAUCCGAGGCGAAGGUCGAAGCGAAGUGCAAAGAAUCGAAAAAGACUUCCGGUUUACUAAAUUAGUCAGCGCCAUCUCUUUCGUUGGUUUGGAGUUGACUCGUGAAGGGUGAGCGACAGUAAUCCCUGGGACAAACAAUAACUUAGGUUGUGCGACUUUGGAUUGAAAGGAAAAUUGAAUCCAAAGUUGUUUACGAACGACUUUGGCGCUGACGAUUUAGUUGUCGUGGAAUGCGACUCCACGGAAUAUUUGAAACAAAAGUUUGGCGACGACUUGGAAGGCACCCCGACGGAGGAUGACUGGAAGUUGGUGACAUACGUCAGCCAUUAGUAAGUUAUAAUAAGAACGACUAGCACUAAUAAUCUGCGGUUUUCAGCCCGAGCGCUCAUCGGCAAGGCGUCCGAAAACUGAUUCAAUGCUUCUUCAACAGGUCAACGGAGAAGACGCUGGACGAAUUCGCCAGGAGAAGCGAGGACCCACACGACCCUGUCUUUUACAAGUAUCCAGUCGUCUACCACCUGCUGGAAGCUGCUAUAUACGCUACCGAAAAAGGACCUUCCGCUGCGGCCUGCUUUUUGGGCUCGAAGGACAAGCAUGUUGUGGCGCUUGGAAAUGUGGCCAAAGCGCUGAUUCUUCAUGACCGUCAGUGGCCGGAAAAACGGCUCGACCUGGCCGGGGUUCUCUUCACCUACAACGAAACGUGUCGUCAUAAGUAGGCGAUAAUUUUUUGGCUGAAAAUAUCAGUUUGUUGGGAAAAUAAUGACCACUCAGUCGCAUCAAAAAUCGCAUCGAGAAAAUGAAUUGUGCCGCGGAAAAAAUCAAAUUGCUUUUCUCAUCAGCGACGUGAUUUUCGCAGCGACAGAGUGCUCAUUACUUUCCCGACAGACUGAUAUCCCGUUUUUCCAGCCCAAAAUUCAAGUUGCCCUGCUUGAAAGACUUGGAGUUCUUGCCCGAAAACGGGUUCCGUGAUCACCGCUCCGAAGCUGUGGCUCAUCACCGAGCCGUUGAGCUGACCGGCGCUCUCUCUUACCUUGGCGCUGAAUUGGGCGGUAAAGGGUGAGUUCGACUAUAGCUAAGGGCUCUUGUUCAUGUAUAUAGAUUUUGCAAGUUUGAUCUGGAAGGAAGACUGGACCCCAGCGUUUUUACCAAUGACUUUUAUCAUGAUGACCCCGUCAUUUCCGGAUGUGACGCAGAAGAUUAUACCGCCAUCGUCUCGCUGGCUCAGGGUGCCUUCCUUUAA